AUGCCAGGUACGGAUUUUCAAGGAUCAUUUGGAAGGUCAUUGCUAAGUUUACGGCGAGACCAAGUUGACUUAGUCGCCGGAAGUAGUAGCCACCACAAUCACCAGCACGAGCCAAGCAACAUGGAAGUCGAGCUAGAUUCAUUUCAAAGACAAGUCGCCGAGAAAUUUAUCGAUCUGAACGCUUCCGGUGAGCUUCUCUCUCUAGAAUGGAUCGGAAAGCUUCUCGAUUCGUUUCUCUGUUGUCAAGAAGAGUUUCGAGCUAUCGUAUUCAACCACCGAUCUCAGAUCUCUAAACCUCCGAUGGACAGAUUAAUUUCCGACUACUUCGAACGGAGCAUCAAAGCCCUCGAUGUCUGCAACGCAAUCCGCGACGGGAUCGAACAGAUCCGACAAUGGCAGAAACUCGCCGACAUCGUAAUCUCAGCUUUAGACAGUCACCGUCCUGUCGGAGAAGGACAACUCCGUCGAGCUAAGAAAGCUCUGAUCGAUUUAGCAAUCGGAAUGCUAGACGAGAAAGACCCUUCUUCUUCUUCCGGUACGAAUCUAGCUCAUCGUAACCGUUCGUUUGGAAGAAUCAGAGAGAGUCACCACCACCGUUCGAUCGGACAUUUCAGAUCUCUGUCGUGGAGUGUGUCUAGAUCAUGGUCAGCUUCUAAGCAAUUACAAGCUUUAGCCAACAAUUUAGCGACUCCACGAUCAAACGACGUCGCUGCGAGCAACGGUUUAGCUGUACCGGUUUAUACAAUGACUUCGGUUUUGUUGUUUGUCAUGUGGGCUUUGGUAGCUGCGAUUCCUUGUCAAGAUCGUGGGUUUCUGCAAGUGAAUUUCUUUGUGCCUAGACAUUUUCAGUGGGCAGCACCGGUUAUGUCGUUGCACGAUAAGGUUGUGGAGGAAUCGAAGAGAAGAGAUAGGAAGAAUUGUUGUGGUUUGCUUAAAGAGAUUGAUCGGAUUGAGAAGUGUUCGAGGUUGAUGAACGAAUUGAUCGAUUCGGUACAUUUUCCUUUGAGUGAUGACAAGGAGAUUGAGGUGAAACAGAGAGUUGGGGAGCUUGUGGAGGUUCAUGAAGAUUUGAAAAAUGGUUUGGAUCCGUUUGAGAAGAAAGUUAGAGAAGUUUUUCAUCGGAUUGUUCGAAGCAGAACAGAGACUCUUGAUUCUCUUUGUUGA